AUGGGGGCCCCCACAGGGGCCCCUAUGGGGGCCCCUAUGGGGGCCCCUGGGGGGGCCCCCUCGUCGCCUACUGAUGCAGACCUUAUACAGCAACUGCAGCAAAUGCGUGCCGCUACACAGAGCAACUCAGAGCAGCAGCAGCAGCAGCAGCAGCAGCAGCAGAACCCCGCAGCCAGCAGCAACGACGAAUUGCUUUCUUUUCUGAUAGCAGCUCUAUCUGUGGGUCUGCAUCCUUUACCACAUAUCACCGCUCAGCAGGGGGCCCCCCCAUCAACCCAAGCAGCAGCUGUACCCUCUAUACAACCACCAAAACAGGGGCCCCCACCUACAAACAAGGGGGCCCCUGGGGGGGCCCCCCCCCAA